AUGCCAGCAGCCUACAAAGACGAUGUGCGGUUCCCUUUCACGUUCGAAAGUGGCAAGGAAAUUGAGGUAGAGCGAAAGGGCAAUGACGCCCACACCGCAACCAUUAGCUUUCCUAAUGCACGUGGUCGACUGCCAUCGUCACGGGCAUCGCGGCUGCGAAGUAUGAUGAUAGAAGCCUACAACGACAGAACCAAAAUUCUCGCCGUCCCUUGUUCUUAUGAUGCACUCUCAUCUCGGCUUGUUGAGGAAGCCGGCUUUCCCAUCCUGUUUAUCUCCGGAUAUACUGUCUCCAGUUCUCACGGAUUGCCUGACACUGGCUACAUCGCGAUGCAGGAAAUGUGUGACAAAAUCCAAGAGACGUCUCGUGUGACGUCUGUUCCUAUCAUAGCGGAUGGAGAUACGGGCUAUGGGGGACCCGUCAACGUGAAGCGGACUGUUGAGAGCUUUGCUCUUGCUGGAGCAGCUGGUGUUAUGAUUGAGGACCAGAGUUGGCCCAAACGUUGUGGACACACUAAGGGUAAGUCCGUUGUGCCACGCGAAGAAGCGUUUGCCCGUAUCCAAGCGGCAUGUGAUGCCAGAGACAACGGCCUAGAUAUCUUCAUCUUGGCCCGUACCGAUUCUCUCAUUCUUGGCUGGGAAGAAGCCAUUUAUCGCGCAAAGGAGUUCCAAAGAAUUGGUGCCGAUGGCAUCUUCAUCGAGGCCCUACCUGACCGAGAGGCAAUGAAGCGAGCUGUUAAGGAGGUUCAAAUGCCUAUGCUGGCCAACAUAAUCGACGGGGGGAUGACCGAGAACCUCUCCGCUUCGGAAUUAGCAGAGCUAGGGUUCAGUGCCGUUGCAUACCCCUUCAUGCUUGUCGCAGCCAAGUUGAAGAGCAUUCGCGAGACACUCCAAGCUCUCAAGACGAGCUUGCCAAUCGGACCGCCGCCAACAAUUCUCUCCGCUGCUGAAGUUUGUGAAGGCGUCGGCUUUAACAAAUACUGGGCUCUCGAGGACAGAUAUGCUACUCAGGGUGCAAAGGCAAAGGUGGCACUGAAUGGCAACCAUAAGGCAAUCGGAAUUUCACCUAUCAAUGGUCACUGA